AUAAACGGCUCUCAGCUGAAGGAGGCGGUGUUUCCGUCCUGCAGUUGAAUGGCGCAGAGGGAAAAUCAGCCACAGCAUAAAGAAUGUCAAAAAGAAAAGUCACAUUUGAGGAUGGAGAUGGAGAGUUCAGUUUGGAUGAUGAAGUUCCAAAGAAGAAGAUGUAUGAUGAGGUGAGUGGUCCAGGCUCCAGGUUCAAGGAGAAACACUCUCUGGACAGUGAUGAGGAAGACGAGGGUGAUGAGGCAGAAAAUGGCGACAAAUAUAAUAUUCUCGCCAGUGAUGAUGUUGAAGGUCAGGAAAUGUCAACGAUUGACUGUGAUGAGGGAGUUCCCAUCACUCCCUUUAAUCUGCAUGAGGAAAUGCAGGAGGGGCACUUUGACUCGGAAGGGAAUUACUUUAUCAAAAAGGAAAAUGACAUCCGGGACAACUGGCUGGACAAUAUUGACUGGGUGAAAAUCAAAGAGCAGCCAGUGAAGAAGAAAAAGAAGGGUCUUUCUGCCAAAAGGAGACGAAGAGCUGGAGAUGAGGACGAGGCGGAGGAGGAGAGACAGAGGGAAGAACAGCAGGGGAAGGAAGAAGAAGAGGAGGAGGAAGAAAAAGAGCCAGAGGAAGAUCCGUUAGCUAAAUACAGUCACUAUCAGCUGACCGAAGCUGUGGUUGACCUUCUGCAGCCUGGAGAAACUGUUUCAGCAGCCCUGCGCAGGCUAGGGGGACUGGGUGGGCGGAAAAAGAAAGGACGACUGAGGGACGGAGUGAAAGAGGAGGAAGAAGAGACGACAAACAGAGACACUGAAAAGCUGGAGAAGCUGACGGCUCUGGCAGACAGACUGGUGGGUGUGGGGGAAUAUGAAAUCUAUCAGCAGACGUAUGAAAAACUGGCCUACAAGAUAAAGAACAUGCAGAAAGGAGCGGCUCCAAAACGGCGUGAGAACAACAAGGAGGAGGAGGAUGAGCUGGAUAUGUUCGGUGAUGAGUUUGAUGAGAAGCAUGGAGCAGAAAAAGAGAAGACGGAGAACGAAGCGGAUGAUGACAAAGUGAGUGACGAGGUGAUGUGGGAGUAUAAAUGGGAGAACCAAGAAAACUCUGAACUGUACGGACCGUUCAGCAGCCAGCAGAUGCAGGACUGGGUGGAUCAGGGAUACUUUAAGGAUGGCGUUUACUGCAGGCGGAUCGACCAGGAGGGUGCACAGUUCUACAACUCCAAAAGACUGGACUUUGAACUCUAUACGUGAUUUAAGAACAUAUUUUAAACCCUACUUCCACAUUUUCCACAUUUGUCUUCUUUGAAAGAGCUUUUCUGAAUCAGCGUUUGUUCAGUGUUCCUCUGAAACCCUGAUUAAAUGUGUCUCUAUCUGUUUGAUACCUGAUCAUGAACAUUUGUUUUAAAAUAAAGAUUUGGGGGACUCAAAAAAAA